UUUCAAUUACAACUUUUGUUGCUUUAUCAUAUUUGCCGAUGGCAUCACUGGAUCACCUUGCUGAAGAUUUCCGAUCGCAGCUGAACCAAAUUUCUCAAGAUUUCGACCGAUUGGAAGGUCGAAUAAAAUAUUUGGUGGAGGAAAAAAGCGCACUUGAACGGGAGAAUGCGGAGUUGAAGUUUGGUGCAAAGUCACCUGGGUCUGCGCAGAAUCUGAAGAAGGUUGCAAUGCUCCCAGUAGCACUCCGAGAAACAACUCCACCUGAGUGCAUGGAAGACCAAUUUGAAGAGGCGUUUGGCAAGGACUACCUGGCCAAACCUCCCAAGCAAAAUCAAUUGGCUGCAAAUGUCAGAUUUCAACAGUCCAAGACCAUUUCUCGUUCAAAUUCAGGCCUGGCGGCAAGAGGAAUACACAUCGUGCAUUUGAAGCGAUUUUUAGUUGAAAAUGGCCCCACAGUUGUCAUUAUGUUGAACACUCUUGCAAUGGGAAUUGCUGUAGACAAUCAACCCGAGCACAUCGCCUGGGGCUUUGUGGAGCUGAUUUUUGCAAUAUGUUACGGCAUUGAAUUUGGCUACAAAAUUGCCACUCUGGGCUGGCGGGAAUACUAUUCAGGUGUUGAUUGGAGAUGGAAUUGUUUUGAUUUCUUCUGUCUGCUCCUAUCAACAACUGACGUGAUAUUGAUCUUUUUGGUCCUCCUGACCGAUGCGAACUUUUCAUUGGGCUCUGCUUCAAUGAUCAAGGUCGCACGCUUGGCUCGUUUGCUACGUCUUGUCAGAACACUCCAUUUUGAGUUCUUCACAGAGCUGCGGGCGAUUGUUCUGGGUGUUUUCUCUGGUUUGCGCGUGCUCUUCUGGGCUAUUGUGCUCCUAUUUCUUCUCAUGUAUGUCUUCGGGAUUGGCAUGGCAACCUUGGCUGAGAACGAGGCCGAAUUCAGGACUUUGCCAGAUAGCAUGUUCACCAUCUUCAGAUGCUGGACUGAUGGAUGUAGUGCAUUCAAUGGGACUCCUUUAACAGCACACUUGAGAACCGAGACUUUUGGUGAUCUUGGAGGACUUUUCAUGCUUGCCUACAUUCUUGUCUUCAUGCUGGUCAAUGUUGGUAUUUUCAAUUUGAUCAUGGCAAUCUUUUUGGACAAUGUGGUGAGCCAACAAACCUUGCGAAAGCAAAAGGAGCUGGCCGAGACUGCUCUCAAAUCGCAAGUUUCAAUACAGUCUCAGUGUGAUGUGAUUCCCCAAAGUACUACCAGGCGGGCCAUUGCUGACAUCAUUGGAUUCGAAGACCAGCCUGUUGACAUUCCGCAUGAUCUGCACACACUUGACAUGAAACAUCAGUGCAAGGCCAUGGACAAGAUCCUUUCAAGAUUGGAUUUGACUGUGACCAGGGACCGAUUCUCAAAGUGGUUGGAACACGAUUCGUUCACUGCCGUGCUAGAGAGAGCUGGCAUUGACACGUCAAUCCGUACCCAGUUGUUUGACAUUUUGGACGCUGAUUCUGGAGGGCUUCUGAAUGUUGAUGAGUUGAUCUCCGGUCUUAUGAGCAUGCGAGGGCACGUCACCAAAGGUGAUAUUAUUGCCAUGAGCUUGAAAGUACGAUAUAUCUCCCAGCUGGUUGAGACCUUGAGUAACACAAGUUUGCCAACAGAAUCCAGGCGAAGAAGGGCGAGCUCCUCUCAAUGAAAGACUUGAGCCUCGCUCAAUUGGUUUUGAGUGUGACAUUUGGGUCGGAACAGUUUUGUUCGCCGCAGUAAUUUGCGCGGAGAAGUUUGUCAGACAAAGUCGGUAAAAUCGGCUUUGACGUACAUGCAGAAAGGAGUAAUCUCCCCAAGGGAGACGCAAGGCCUUUGCAGUCCUUCAACAGAUGAA